AUGCUGUUAACUUGGACCUGGCGGUGUAAUAUGCCAGCGCUCUGGCAAUCGUCUCAGCGGCCUAUGUACAUAAGGACGGUUUGGGUAGACGGGUUCCGCCACGCGAUCCUAACACACGACGAUCCUUGCUACCUUAAACUGAGCGCCAAACGGAGACCCCAUUCUUCGGCGAGCGCUCAAAAGCAGAGCUACACUAACUCCCGUUUGAGCCACAGAUCCGACGAUCUGCAGGACUGCUUACGAAAAUUGCAGCUAGUCAACGAAAAACACCCGCCAGAGACAAGCGUCGAGGAACUUCACCUAUCGGACGUGGAAUCUGAGGAGGAGAUCAGAAUACCGGACGUCGAACCAGACACCCCUAUGGCUAAAGCCAAAUCCAACCGCACAGCGCGGACAGAAGCAAAAGAUACGGACCUAUCAGACAGAGUUCUACAAUGGCUAGACCUAGCCGGUAAAGUGGAUUUACUGAAGGAGGACAGCGAAAGGAUCUCGCAACCGCGCCACAGCUGGCCAGAAAUCCAGAGGCGGAAUUUGAUCAAAUCGAAGACAUCAGCGGAUUUGAAAGCGAGGGAGCCAAAAACGAGCGCGGGUCCUAUCGAUCGGCAGGAAAUUUAUGUGACGACGUCGAACACGAUCGAGAACUACGCACGCCAGUCACGUAAUCCCAAAACGCGACACGAGAAAGCGAAGGAAAACAAAAGGGUCAAAGACAUGAAACCGAAUAUUGUCGAGACGAGACAGAAAGUGGUGAUGGAGAGGACCGCCGUUGAAAAGCAAUACGCCGAGUUGGUGAACAAGAAAUUAAUACCAGAUGUGGGCAAAACCAAGAAGCAAGUACACAUCUUCAUGCCGGAAGCGUUGCCGAAGAGAACGGAUUUAAUAACCAGUAGGACGCAGAGUUUGCUGUCGCAGAAACUUUAG